AUGGCAACCACCCAGGGAGGCGGGAGCGGCCCGGGGGAGGAGCUGCAGGAGGAGGAGGAGGAGGAGGAGGAAGAAGAAGUGGCUUUCUGUGCCGCCCGAGGGAGUGCUGCUGAGGGCUCUGAUGGAGCUGCAGCCGGUGCUGUGAUGACUUUCAGCGCUCAGAAGUGUGGGAUCUGCUUCCAGCCCCCCUCCAUCAUCCUCAUCUACAGAGACAACAGCCAGGACAAGACUCGCCAGCGCAUCAUGCCCGUCAGGAAUUUCUCCAGGUUCUCAGACUGCAGCAGGGCUGCUGAGCAGCUGAAGAACAACCCUCGGCACAAGGCCUACCUGGAAGGGGUCUCGCUGCGCCAGCUCCAGAAGCUCUACAGUUUGCUCAGGGGUCACUUGGAAGGACAGAGCCUGGCUGAGAGCUUGGAAAAGUUUCAGCAGGAACAGACCAUUGACCCAGAGGAGGAUAUGAACAAACUGGAUGACAAGGAGCUGGCCAAAAGGAAGAGCAUCAUGGAUGAGCUCUUCGAAAAGAACAGGAAGAAGAAGGAUGACCCUGACUUCGUUUACAACGUUGAGGUGGAGUUCCCACUGGAUGAGCAGCUGGAGUCCUGUACUUGGGACAUGGAGUCAGAUGAAGAAAUCUGAUUGCAGACAAAGAGGGGCAGUUCAGAGACAAAUCUCAGCAGGCCAGCAAGAGAGAACAAUGUCAUCAUACGUGUUCUGCCCACGUUGGCUCGGAGAACCCGAGGUGCCACAGCAACCCAGGCUUAAGUGAGCUUUGUUUAAGAAGCCAGACUUGAUUAAAUGGAAACUGGGCAGCUGAAAUUGUUGGCUGGUUUUAGUCUUUUCCUACAUAAAUUAGUUUUGAAUUAUUUAAUCUUUCAAUUUUUUACAUUUCAGUCAGCUUUGGUUGAAAAUGAAGCAUUAAAUAUUCAUGUCCUGAAGACACUGUUAAAGCUGUACUGUACAAAUAGGGUGAUUAUUAUUGCCUGCUGGGAAGUUAAAUAUGUAUCAGUCAUUCUGGAUAAAUCAACUCUGCAUUGAGAAUAUUGCUCUCACAUUUCCCUAGCAAUG